AUGCCAGGCCCUGGCAAUCCAUGCGGCGCGGGCCCGGAGGUCGUGGCCGCCCAGAAACCCGAGAUGGCGACUCUCGACGUUUUUGAAGACAGAGUGGACUUCCUUGCAGGCCGCGGUGGCGUCCUGGACCGACUCGACAAGUGCCUUUCGGCUGUCACUAUCGAGCCGGCUCAAAGGCUCCGUCUCUUUAGGAUUCUUGAGGAGAUUAGUAAGGGUGCUGAGAGGGGCGCCCAGGGCUUCCAGCUCGGUUUUGAGCUCCGCAAUCUCUCCGGGCACUGCCUGUAUGUCGUUGUAAACUUUAAGUGCAAGUUGAAUAUAGAGUACCGCCUCCUGGAGGGUCGCGAGGCUCAGAGCCAUGAUGAUGGUGGUAAGGGUGCUGUUGCCUUCUUUGAUCUGGCCGGGCAGAACUACGUUGCUGGCCGCAUGGCUCGUCUUUAG